AUGUCUGGGGUUAGGAUGUUAGCAUCAUCACCAAUGUUGAUGUUUCUUCUCAGCCUUCUAGUGGCUUCCUUCUUCGACAUCACAGCUGGACAAAUCGGAGUAUGCUACGGGGAGAAUGGAAAUAGCCUACCAAGUAAUUCGGACGUUGUGGCUAUGUACAAGCAGUACAACAUCCAGCGAAUGAGGAUGUACGGUCCCAACCCUAACGCUCUCGACGCUCUCCGUGGCUCCAACAUCGAGCUCAUCCUCGACGUUCCCAAUGGCGACUUAGGACGUAUCGCCUCCAGCCAAACGGAGGCCGACACAUGGGUCCGAGACAACGUCCAGAAGUACAACGAUGUCAGAUUCAAGUACAUCUCGGUCGGAAACGAGGUGCAACCAGGGGACCAGGGGACGGCUCUCUUCCAGGCGAUCCAGAACAUCGAUAAAGCGGUUUCUGACGCAGGCCUCAGUAUCCCUGUCUCCACGGCUACAUACAUGGGAGCCUUCACAGACACGUUUCCUCCGUCCCACGGAAGAUUCAAGGAUGAGUUUAGGAACUUUCUCCAACCGGUGAUAGGUUUCUUGGUGAGCAAGCGAUCUCCUCUGCUAGUGAAUAUCUACACUUUCUUCGGUUACAAGGACAGCAACGGAGAUAUCCCUCUAGAAUACGCGUUGUUCACACAAACGAGCGGUGGAAACCCUGAUAACCAGUACACUUACCGAAACCUCUUUGACGCCAAUAUUGACUCAGUUUACGCGGCACUGGAGAAAACGGAUGGCGGAUCAUUGGAUGUCGUGGUGUCGGAGAGCGGUUGGCCCACGCAGGGAGGGCUCGGGGCGAGUGUGGAGAAUGCGAAGACUUACGUUAACAAUUUGGUACAACAUGUGAAGAAUGGAUCUCCGAAAAGGCAAGGGAAAGCUAUAGAGACUUACAUAUUCGCCAUGUUCAAUGAGGAUAAGAAGGGGCCUCAGGAGUAUGAGAAGUACUGGGGGCUGUUUUUACCUAAUAAACAGCCUCAGUAUGAUGUUAAUUUCAACUAA